AUGACCCAGCUUCAUGCGUACUACCACCUCCGAAACCAGCAGGCAUUCCAGCGCCUCAUCGAUGCAAGCUCUGACUCUACUAAGGCAUCUCAGGGCGCCCUCAGCAGCAGCGGGGGCCGGUCGUGGAGUAAGCCUAGUCCUUUGGCAGCCGCGCCGGUGUGCGACGUGAACGCGCGCGAUUGGCUUGGGAUGACCGUGCUCCAUCAUGUGUGCGCGAAUACAGACCAUUCAGACCUCCCUUACCUCCGAGCGCUGCUCGCUCACCCUGCCAUCAACGUCAACAUAUGCGACCUGGAGAGCCAUUGGACACCCUUGCAUCGAGCGUUGUAUAACGGGAAUCUCACUGCUGCAUUGUUUCUCUUGCGUCGGCAGGAUAUAGACGUCCAUGUGAAGGAUUUCGAAGGUUACACGGCCUUCGAUGUCUACAAUUCCACGGUGGAAUACACGAAGCCACUAUUCGACGCACCCCGCGCAGAGCUGUAUACCUGGGGCACCAACCGAAACGCCACGUUGGGCCAAGGGGACAGCAAUGACCGCGCGUCGCCGGACCAGGCGGUCAUCCACCCCAAGGACGCUGUCAGCGUCGAGCUUCCCCUCGAAACGCGCUUUGCUCCGAUACACGUGCGUCAGAUAGGGAUGUCGAGGCUGCACACCGUGAUCGUGACGGCUGAGAGCAAAGGCAAUCUGCGGCUGUGUGGGUUUGGCAGCGGUGGCCGGCUUGGGCCAGGACAGCCGGCGCAGCAGUAUUCUAUGAAGCCAUUGACGGAGCUCAACCCGUUCACCAUCGUGUCUGUCGCACUGGGUCAGGACCACACCCUUGCGCUGACGAACACUGGGGAGGUUCUUAGCUGGGGGCUGAAUCGGUUUGCUCAAUUAGGGUAUGUCAUCGACCCGCCUUCGGGCUCGGAUAUGUCUGGGUUCGCGCGGAAAGAUGAACCGAUCCAAGCUACGCCGAGGAAGAUCCCCGGUUCCUUGAAGAAGGCGUACGUGCUCGGUGUGGCCGCCUGCAAGACCGCCUCUGCAUGUUGGACGUCGAAGGAGGUCUUCACCUGGGGCACGAAUAACGGCCAACUUGGAUAUGACAAGGCCGCUCAGCCAGUGCAAGUGCACCCGAGGGUCGUCACGAAGCUCCCGUACCCUGCUGAAGACAUCGCGUUAUCAGACAAUGCCAUGGUCUGCCUGCUGAAGAUGGACAACGGGACGUGCAAUGUGUACUACAUCCACAACGACAUCUGCAGCAAGCUUAGCUUUCCUCCCCAUGCCUUCCCCGCGCAGAUAUACCCGUACCGACCGCCGCAGGCUGCGACAAACGCAGAUAUUCACAAGGUCACCUGCUGCGAAGAUAAUUUCGCUGCACUGUCCGCGAACGGCGAAGUCUUCAUGUUUUCCUUCAAUAGCCCAAGCUCGGAUGGCAGUGGGCGGACGAGUGUCAAGCCCCAGCGAGUGUGGGCGCUCAGGAAGCAGUUCAGUGCUGAUGUAGCGCUCGGCUCUGACGGAUCCCUUAUCGUGUGUACCGAGUCGGGGCACGUCUAUCUGCGCACGCGGUCUGCGCAGUUCAAAGCCUCCUCUGCUGCGGGUGCUCAGGGCGCGGGGGGCAAUAAGCCAUUCAAGUUCCAGCGCGUGUCGCACCUGCAACGCGUCGUCCGGGUAUGCGCGAACAGUACCGGCGCCUUUGGCGCGCUGCGCAUGGAGUUCCAGCCGAGGCGGAUAUCUGUGGAAGGAAAUAGGAUGGAGCAGGACUUGAGGAGCAUUUUCCCGAGCGAGGUACCAGUCGCUGAGCCGAACACAUUGAGCAUCCGAGAACGGGAAAGGGGAAGAGGAAGAGAUGAGGCACGGGUUUGGCGAGCGGACGAGGUGGAGGAUGGGCGGGGGGAGGACUAUGGGGAGGACGACGCUGCGAUUCUGGGUGAUAGGGAGGAGUUGGAGGGGCUUUGUGUUUAUCUCGAGGCGUGUGUCGCGUCGGAGAGGCCUGCGCGUCCGCUCAAGAUUGAUGUCGACCAUGGCGCUGACCUUGUCCUUCACGUGGCACCGUCCAAGAAGCCUUCUACGCCGUCAUUCAUGACUACCGCUCAUAGGGUCAUCCUCGCAGCUCGCUCGCGCCCGCUUCUGAGAAUUCUUUCGACGCCUGGCAUUCUGACCCUCAAGGACACAGGCGUUGUCAUACGCUUUGGGUCUUUCAAGGCUGCUGAUAAAGCCGCAUCGGGGAAUGUUAUAAACGCACUCCAGUUCGAAGGCUGUCAUCCACUCGCUGUGCUCAUCUUGCUGGUGUAUAUUUACUCUGACCAGCUCGUACCCAUCUGGGACAGCCGGUUAGCAUCUACUCUUCGAUCGUCCUCGGGCCACGUACCUUGCCCGCCCACCCGCAUCAAAGCCGAUCUGCAAGGGCUCGCUAAGCUCCUCGAGCUGCCACAUCUCUCUGUGGCCCUCGAAUCACCCGCUAAACGCGACCCCGCGCCCUCCCUCUGCAACGAUCUCACCGCGCUGCACGAAGACGCGCAGGCGUUUCCUUCUGUCCGCUCAGGCAAGUGGUCCCGCAGGUCGUCCCCGCUGGCCCCGGAUGUGGUCUUGCUGCUGGGCGACAGGAGCGUGUGGUGCCACUCUGCGAUCAUGCGCGCGAGAUCGCCGUUCUUCGCGAGUAUGUUCGGCGAGGAGGAUUGGACUGCGCGGCGGUGGAGCGGGGACGGGGUGAUAGAGGUUAAUCUCAGGCAUUUGACGUGGCGCGCGAUGCAGUUCGUGGUCAGGUACUUGUGCUGCGGUGCGGAUGAGGAGAUGUUCGCUGUCAUGGCUAGUAUCCAAUCGCCAGAUGAACUCCUCGAUCUCAUGUACGAGGUCAUGGGUGCCGCAAAUGAACUCCUGCUCGAUCGGCUCGUGCUUAUUUGUUCUUCGGUCAUCCUCAAGUUCGCCAACAUUACGAACGCGUGUUAUAUUUUGAACGACGCGACAUACUACCAUUCUCUGCCGUUGAUUUCGAGUAUACAGGAGUACAUGGCGGUCAAUAUGGAGACGCUACUGGAGGGCGGGGUGCUGGAUGGGCUGUCGCCUGAUCUCGUGCAGCAGUUGGGUCAGUUCAUCCGCAUCAAGCAGGCGGAGAAGCUCCCCAUCACGAAAUCCGGGACCCUCGUUGAUAAUGCUAUGAAGGAGUACAAGGACUGGCUGGCGCUCCAGGAUAUCCCUGUCCCGAUCAUCGCCAGGAAUGCGAACCCGAAUCGGGUAAUCACUCGUCGUGCGUCGGCGAAGUUGUCCCCUCCGAUCCCGACGAAGCUUCCGCCGCUCUCGCGGACGCCGAGUUCGUCUAACAUUUUGAGUGUGCCGCCCCAGCAUUGUACGCCAGCGCAGGUUGAUGAUAUUUUCUCGAUGGAUGAGGCGGAGGAGCCGGUUAAACCAAGUGGACCGUCGACGCCUGUGUGGAAAGCCCGUUCCGUGCCUCGUGUUGAUAUGAAGGCGCUUAUGGCCGAGGAAGCCAACGUGGGGAGUAGCAGUCGGGCUCCUCAGUUACCCGUCAGCACCCCGAAAUCCGCGCAGCGAACACCGCAACGUGAUAGCGUCCCUUUGCCUCGGGGCGUACCUACUAACCUCCCGGCUCCGGGGCCAUCAAAUACGAGUAUCGCGUCUUUUCCCGCUCUAGGCGCAGCUCCAAGCAAACCCGACGCCUCGCCUAGACGUAGUACGACGCACAAUUCGCCGUCUGCUUCUGGUCUCGGACCCGUGUUUGCGCCAACGCGCCAACCGACGCCAUCCACUCCUACGCCGCGCCGAGUCUCGUCGGGCAAGGCCUGGUCGUCCCCGGCUCCGCAGGCUCCUUUGCCAGCAUCUGGCAUGACGCUCGUCGCGAUCCAGCAGCUGGAAAUUGACAACGCGAGACCGGUGGCGAAAGAACGGCGCUCGCUGGUUACUAUACAGCAGGAGGAGGAAGAACGGCGCGUGGAGGAGGAUUUCCUGAGGUGGUGGGCGGAAGAAGAGCAGCGGAUGAAGGUCCAGUCGGAGGGACCUUCGGUGCCCAAGCGGAAUCGCAAUAAAGAUGGGAAGCCGAAGAAGCCAUCUGGGAAGCGUGGAUCGCAGAAAAUGGCGAGGUCUACAUCAAAACCUGCUGCUUCAUAG